GCAGAAUCAACGACAAACCGAGCAACGGCGUUUCGGAGAUAAGCGUCAACGUCAACGUCAUCAACACUCCUGAUUUGAGCCCGGUGAAAAAUCUGCGGAACGGGGACGUCGAGGAUUCGGAUACGCGAAAAACUAAAAGGUGGCCAACAGACAAAGCUUAUUACAUUGCCAAAGAGCUUCUCAUGACUGAAAGAACGUACAAAAAAGAUUUGGAUGUCGUCAACGUGUGGUUCAGGGAAGAGGUGUCGAGAGAAACCGAUCUCGAAGGCGAGACCGCGGUCGGAUUGAUAGAAUUGCUCGCCGACGCUCACGGCCCUUGCCUCCAAGAGAUGGAAUCGCGACUCGCACGUUGGGAGAGCAACGCUCGUCACAACAUCGGCGAUUUUCUUUACAACACACUUUUAAACGUUUUGCCGCUCUACGAUCAGUACCUCGAGAAUUUAAUUCCCGUGCUCGAAAAAAUGGAAUAUUCGAUACGCACUUCGCGACGCUUCGACCAACUGUGUCGGGACUUUGAGUCGCAAAAACAUUGCUACCUGCCACUGAGUUCAUUCCUCUUGAAACCGUUGCAACGGUUGUUACAUUACAACAGUAUUAUUGACAGACUUUUGGAUCACUACCCAAAGGAUCACACAGAUUUCGAAGAUUGUCUUGCUGCCAGAGACAGACUCGGGGAGACUCUCCUCGAAGGACUCACAGUUUUGAAUCAAGCGGAGAACAUGGUCCAGCUCUGUGAAUUACAGAGAGAUAUCAGUGGCUUCGACAACUUGGUUCAGGAAGGCCGAAGAUUCAUAAGGCAAGGCUGCUUGCAAAAAUAUAGUCACAAGGGCUUCCAGCAGAGAAUGUUUUUUUUGUUUUCUGACGUAUUACUCUACACAUUCCGUACUCAGCAACCGAAUCAAUGUUUUCGGGUGCAUGGACAAUUGCCUGUGAAAGGAAUGACUGUGCAGGAUGGCGAUAACAAAACCGGCACGGAUUACGUUUUCCUUAUACAAGGCAAUGGAAAUCAACCCUUGACCGUAGCGGCGAAUAAUGAAGAAGAAAAGGAACGUUGGCUCGAGGAUUUGAACAUGACGAUCGCUCAAGCCGAAACAAUCGAGGGAAAAACUCCAUUUUUGAGUUUAAAGUCGUGCAUUUUAGGUUCAGCGGACGAAAUCGUAGGUGGCGUCGGCCUCGAACUCGAUAGGACGAGUUGCGGAGGAGCAAAAGCCUCGCAACGCAGCAAUACAACUGUUCACGUUUGUUGGCAUCGAAAUACCAGCAUAAGCUACAGUGAUCAAUUGAGAGCUUUCCAGAAUCAGCUGAGUGGAUUUCUUUUGCGUAAAUUCAAGAACAGCAACGGCUGGCAGAAGCUCUGGGUGGUCUUCACCAAUUUUUGUUUAUUCUUCUACAAAUCUCACCAAGACGAUUUUCCGUUGGCAUGUUUGCCACUCCUGGGUUACGCGGUUUCGACGCCAUCGGAGAAGGAUGGAAUUAACAAGGAUUUCGUAUUCAAGCUGCAGUUCAAAAAUCACGUUUAUUUCUUUCGAGCCGAAAGCGAUUUUACGUUUGGAAGAUGGAUGGAAGUCAUUAGGAGUGCGACCCAACAGAGUUAUAUUCCUGUUAAUUUCAGUCGGAAGGAAAGCUAUUAAGGCUCUUGUGUAUUGUGUACACGAUGGCAGAAGCAAGGAGGAGUUGGAAAUAUUCGAAUAAUCACAGGUCAUAAGGGGGCAAGGGGAAUCGAGUGAAAAAGGCCACAGUACUAAACAAGUGGCGAAACUGAAGUUGUUGCUCUCGACUUUUUUUUAUAUCCCUUACAACGUGGAUGGAAGAAUGUGUUAAUUACAGAAGAAAAAAUGAACGAAAUCAAAAAAAUAUUAGAUCGUAAAAAAAUAUUUCGUUCGUGAACGAAAAGGACACAAUGAAACGCCACAUUUGUUUGGCGCAAUGAAUUACGUAACGUUCGAAAUUACGUAACUGUGGAAUCAAAAUUCGGAGCCUUAUGAGCCUCAAAAAGCAGACAAUUAGCAAAGUUACAAAAAAUCAGGCAGUCCGAACAUUUGUUUUGAGCUUCCGCGUUCCAGAAUAGAAAUUCUGUCCCACGAGUUUUCUCGGAGUUACUCUGAGUCUCCGGACGACUCGAACCCUUGAACAAAUCAUCAGUAUAAUUGAAUAAGAACCUCAACAAUUGAGAGUGUCGCAGAGGUUUUUCGUUACCAUCGAAGAAACACGCCUUUGAGAUAAGAAUCAAACUUAUUCCCAUCGAAUUAAGUAGUCGAAUAGAUUCGACCAAAAAAAGGGUCCAUUUUGAUAAUUUUUAAUGAAUGUUAGAAUUUUGUAAAUACCCGCGUGCAACACACCAGGGCAGCUGCACGUUGAGCUCGUCGAGAAGUUGCAAAAUUGUGUAACGAACCAAUCGAAUAUUCGAAUGAGUUAUGUCCAGAGGUGGACAAUAAUUUUGUUAAUUAUUUGAGCACAUUUAUAUGUAUACGAUUUAGAGAAAUUAUUUACACGUAAAGAGAAUCAUUGUUUUGAAGAAACCACGUAUUUUGUGGUCAGCUUUUAAUCACCAUUAAUUUUUAUCUACAAAGAGAAACAACGGAGAAAAGGAAAAAUAUGCAUGAAAAAAUUGCCUGCAAAUUCUUUCUUUUUUUGCGAUCAAAUACACAUCUCAUUCAAGACUGGCGAAAGCAUUCGUGUAUUCAUACUUAGAAAAGACGUUUGUGUGAAAAUCUGUUAAGAUAACUCGAAUUCGUAUUCACUUUAUACAAAUAUCUAUCCACGAGAUGGUCUGUUUUUUAGUAUUUGAUGUAAUUGAAAAUUCCAAAAAACAAACCGAAUUGUUUAGCAGUGAGAACUCAAGUUUGACAACCGAAUUAUUUUGAUAAUUUAUUACCAAACAUAUUUAAAAUCCAACAAUAGAUUUUUUGUAAGAAUCUCGAAAAUAUUUCGCGGACAUUUGAUCGACGUUGAAAGGACGAAUGAAUGGAUCUCGAAAUUUUUCCAUUAUUUGGUACCCGCGUAUAACGUGCGCAGCAAAAUCCGAGUUUUACGUAUUAAAUCACGAUGGCAGUUGAAGUAUUUUGUUAAACGCUUUCAUUAAUGACGUUCGUUUAUUAUUGUCAUAUUUUUAUUUUAUUGAUAAAAUUUAUAUAUUAAAAUAUAUAUUUCCAUAGACAUACAUGUAACGAAUAUAAUUGAAAAUAAGUUUUAUAUUUUCUGUGAGCGGGGCGUUAGUGAGCUUGUAGAAUUUGCUGUCCCGAAGAAUCGCUCGAACUCAGCCCGGAGACCCCGCUCAGUUUUCACAUAAUCGGCAGCUUAUUUCGAUUGUCAUACAAUCAAAUAAAUUGAAUACAACGACGAGGAUGGGAAAAGAGAUCGAAAAAAAGCAAAGUAGAGAGAUUUCGACCUCUUUUUUGCGAGGUUGACAAAUAAACGUUACACAUCGAAUAACGUUGGCUUAGGGAUUGUACGAUAAUUGUUCCGUUAAGUUAUCGUUGUUUCGUUCUCUGUUGCUUUUAUCAAUAAAGCAAACAGUCACUCAACCAGACUAAAGAACUAGCAAUUCUCACAGACACUUUGUUCAAGUGAAAUUGUUUGAUCAGAGACGCAAUAAGUUUUUCGCAAUGAAAUUUUUUCGACGAAUUUUUCUCUAUUUAUAUACCCUCGAUGAAUAAUUGUAACGGAAUGUACGGUCUACUCAAAUGUGACAUAAUUUUUAAUGUCACUCCCAUCACAACGAUGGAAUAAAAAUUUUAAUCAAUUUCAUA